CAGCCAUGUUGGUUCCCUGUGUGCUCUGCAGUUUUGAAAAAUCAAACUGGAGUAGUUAGAUGUGCUAUCUUGGUGGAAAUGAGAAGACUUUAGGUGAUAACGUUUAAAUACAGUGAUUUUCCAAAGUUAUAUACUCUAGUAUCGAAAAUAUUGGGAUGUAUCGACGGGGAGGAAGUAAGAAGGACCAUCAUAACAAGCCUGUGAAGGAGGAGAGUGAAAGCACCAAGUAUGCGGAGCUCCUGGUUUUUGGCUAUGCCUGCAAGCUGUUCCGGGACGAUGAGAGGGCUCACUUCCACGAACAGGGCAAACACCUUAUCCCAUGGAUGGGAGACAAGAGCAUCAUGAUUGAUAGGUAUGAUGGACGGGGUCACCUGCAUGACCUUUCUGAAUAUGACGCUGACUCCUGGAACCGCGAUUACCAGCUGUCGGAGGAGGAGGCCAGGAUUGAAGCCCUUUGUGAUGAGGAAAGAUACCUGGCUCUUCACACAGACCUCUUAGAAGAGGAGGCCAGACAAGAGGAGGAGUACAAGCGGCUGAGUGAGGCGUUGGCGGACGAGGGUACGUUUAACGCGGUGGGCUACCGCUACAGCGCCGACUACUACGACCCCUCACAGCCCACUGAGGAAGAGGAGGCCAACAAGGAAGCAGAAGCACAAGAGGACAGCGAGGAACCCUUUGUAGCCCCCCCAGGCCUCAUCAUACCCCCUGAUGUGGAACUGCCAGCCACAAUAAAGACCCAUGCCAUCAUCGAGCGCACUGCCAACUUUGUGUGCAAGCAAGGAGCCCAGUUUGAGAUAGUGCUGAAAGCCAAGCAGGCUAAAAACUCCCAGUUUGACUUCCUGCGCUUCGACCACUACCUGAACCCCUACUACAAGCACAUCCUCCGCGCCAUGAAGGAGUGCCGCUACACUCCCAUCUCCGACAACCAGCAUGGUCAGCAGCAGGACACACAGUCUGAUGACUCUGAUGACGAUGGUGAUGGCAGUUACCUCCACCCCAGCCUCAUGGCACCCAAGAAGUGCUCCAGGCUGGAGGAGCUGAUGAAGCCCCUCAGAGUCAUCGAUCCGGAUCACCCGUUGUUGGCGCUGGUCAUCAAAGCCCAGCAGGAGAAGAAUGGUGGUGCUGCUGCUGCCGCUGCCCCUGCACCAGCCCCGCCCAUGGUAGAGGAGACACAGCCUGCAGUGUCCACUCAGGCAGAGUACCCCACCGAUCCUAAUGUUGCCCCAAUGUACUAUGGGUACUGCCUGCUCCCGGAUGGCACGUAUUGUCUGGCGCCUCCUCCUCCCGGGAUCGACGCCAACGCGUACUACAGCACUCUGCCCCAUGGCAUGAUGCCACCUCAGGCCUCAGCGGUGCCCCCGCCCCCAGGAACGACCCCUCCACCUGAACCAGUGCCCAUUGCCCCCAUACCCGUCCCUGUCUCAGUGUCCGCUCACAGUCAGGUCACCUACUCUGCUCCCCCCAGUCAGAUCACCUACUCUGCUCCCCCUACCCAGGUCACCUAUUCUGCUCCCCCCACCCAGGUCACCUAUUCUGCUCCCCCCACCCAGAUCACCUACUCUGCCCCCCCCACCAUCAUCCCCCCGCCCCCAGACAUCCAGCCGGUCAUUGACAAGCUGGCACAGUAUGUGGCCCGCAACGGCGAGAAAUUUGAGGGCAGCGUCCGCGCCAAGAACGACCCACGGUUUGAUUUCCUGCAGUCCUGGCACCAGUACAACACCUAUUACGAGUUCAAGAAGCACUACUUCAUGCAGAAAGAAGGGAGAAGACUGCCAGAGGUUGGGCCAGGGGCGGAGGACACGGAUGGCUCGGCUAACGGCUCAUCAGAUAAGCCCCCUGAUGAUGGCAAACUAAUUAAAGCAUCCUUUGCCCCCAUCUCGUUCGCCAUCAAGGCCAAGGAGAACGACAUGCUGCCGCUGGAGAAGAACCGCGUGCGCCUGGACGACGACUCGGACGAGGAGCGCGCCGCCGAGGGGGAGCUGGAGGGCGGAGUGUCGGCGACAGCGGCGGGAGCGACCUCCGCCGGGGCGGUGUCCACAGCAGCCCAGGCGGUCAAGGAGGCUUCUGCGGCCCCUCCACCCGAGGAGAAGAAGCCCACACUCACACUGGAGGAGCUGGAGGCCAAGCAAGCCAAGCAGAAGCUGGAGGCGCGUCUGGCAGCGGCGGCGCGGGAGAAGCUGGCUCAGGCCUCCAAGGAGUCCAAAGAGAAGCAGCUGCAGGCGGAGCGCAAGAGGAAAGCUGCCCUCUUCCUGCAGACGCUCCGCGGCCCAGACACAGACGCCAAACGGCCCGAGGAGACACCCGCACCCCCAGAGCCGGAGGUCAUGUCCAUCAUGGUGGCUCCUGCCACCCUCCCUGUGAUGUCCCGAGUGCCCGCUCUGCCCACCGAAUACCAGUCCAGUGAGGUGCCCGCGCCGAGGACCAGCGAGGCGGCCCCGUCGGCCCUGUCGGCCCUCUCCUCCGCACACGCCGCCCCCUCCUCCGUGUCCGCCGCCUCGGCCUCCCGCGGCCCCGAGCGGGAGAAGGACAAGGACCGGGAGCGAGACCGCGAGCGGAGGAGGGACCGGGACAAGGAGAAGAAGAAGAAGAAGCACAAGAGGAGGUCGAGGUCAAGGUCACGCUCCCGCUCCAAGUCCAAGUCCAAAUCCAAAUCCAAACGCGGCUUGCCCAGUGCCUACCGCCGGCUCAGGAGAUCCAGGUCCCAGUCCAGGUCUCCGGGCAGGCGGGAGCGAAAGACUUCCUUCGCCAGUGGCUGGCAGCUGAGGAGAACAACAGCGAGCUUCUGGCCCGGCACUUAUCGCCUGGGCAACAGCCCCGGCCUGGGCAGGAAACGCUCCCGAUCAAGGUCACCACAUGAGAAAAGGAAGAGGAAGAGCUCACGUUCUCAGGUGAUGAAGGGCUCGUCUCGGUCCCCCUCUGCCUCCCCCGACCGGCCAGAGGAGAAGAAGCGCCUCGGCACAGUCUCCGCUAGCCCCUCGCCUCCCACCAGCCCCACAUCCAGGGACGGCUCGCAGGAGAAAGACAAACAAGUGGCGUCAGCCAUCGUCUCCUCGGUCCAGUCCAAAAUCACUCAGGACCUCAUGGCUAAAGUGCGGGCCAUGCUGGCAGCCUCUAAGACCCUGCCCAGCAACCCCUCAUGAGGACCCCCGCCACUGGGAGAUGCCUGCUGACCCAGUGCAGCAGGAGAAGUGCAGGUGAAGAAAGCGCUCCAAAACAGCAGUCCUCUGCCUCGUGGACACCUGCUCACACACAAAUGAGCGCACAACACACACACACACACACACACACACACACACACACACCAGUGGCCUUCAGCAGGAGAGUGGGAGCCCCCAUCACACACACACACACACACACACACACACACACACACACACACACACACAUACGCUGCCCGUCUGUAGGGAGGGCAGCCAAGGCCUCAGUUUUUGGGGGUUUUUGAUUGGCUGGUUUGUUUUUAAACCUUUGUCCAUUUGUGGUUUGAUUGUGUUGACCCUCUGAUUUUAGCAUUUUUUUUGUUUGUUUGUGUUAUUCACACAAUGGAAAUUGAACAUUUGCAAGUCAUAUGAGCCCCCCAUCCCACUCAAAGAGAAAGACAAUAUGGCCACAGAUGAGGAGCCAUUCCAGAACGGGGAAAACCCAGCUUUGUGUUCCGGAGAAUUGAGGUCUGUCGCUUCCAGAACCGCUGAAAUCAGCGUUAAUCCGACAUGGAGACAUCAACCCGGAGGAAAGUGAGCCAAACCCCUAUGCAUGUUGUCUCUCUAACCGAAGAAAUGGACGGCUUGCAAGAUAACUUUUGAGGAAAGUGUAAAGUGAUUUGUGGAUGUACCACAUGUGCAUCUCUUUCUAAAGAAGUAGAUGGUGGGGAAGAGCAAAAAUAAGGCAAUUUCCUCCAAUCUGAUGACUGGACUGUUUCUUGGGUAAUUGGCACUGCAGCCAGGACCUCUACAUUAACGUCCUUCUGUGAAGGAUUGUGUUAUUUGGCAUGCUUUCUCAUCCUAUCUCUCCCUUUUAUUUUCUAAGCAGGUCAGGUACUUCUCCCUCCCUCCCUCUCUGAGUUCUAAUGGUGUCCUUUUUUUUUUUUUUUUUUUACUUCUGUUUCUACAGAAGUUCUUGUGCAGAUGCUUUCUAUAACGUGUUAAUAAAAUUCAAAAAAUGAAGAAAGAAAAAAACGUU